AAACACCCUUUUCAGAUGAUGAAAUUAGUUUCGGGAGAAUCCUCGCAAAACAACUUCAGAAUCCCAAACACAUGUGAUUGCCAGCGCCACAACACAACGAAUUUCCGCACUCACAGGUAAGCUAAUUUUCCCAAAGAGUUGCGCAUUGCAUGAAGGGAUGUUGGCGGACCACCCUCUUUGGUAUGCAGGAGGACCGACGUCACUGUUUGUGCUAUUCUGGGGAAGAUGGCGGAAGCUGCGGCGGUUCCCCCGCAUCGGUUCUUCUGUCAUUGUUGUAAGGGAGAAGUAAGCCCCAAGCUCCCGGAGUACAUCUGUCCCAGGUGUGAGUCUGGCUUUAUAGAGGAGGUAACAGAAGAUUCCAGUCUGCUAGAGGGUGGCACUAACGGGACAGAUGACACAGCCACACAGUUUGCAGAGCUGUGGCACCUGUUGUUUGUAGAGAGGCCUUUCACAGUGGAUGGUGACAGUCCAGACUCAGAGCCCCGGGUCCCUGGUGGAGGGGUUGGGGUAGGAUCGGGGGGGUUAGGUCUGGGGGGGCUGGGAGGGCUAGGAGGUCUGGGAGGAGGUCCUAUCGGAGGGUCAGUCCCUGCUGGGCUAGGAGGACCCCUGGGGGGUCCUAUGGGAGGGGGGGAACACUGGGGGCCCGGUCGCCCCCCUCGCCUGCACAGUCAGCGGAGGUACCGCUCCAGAGGGAGCAGCAGACCUGACCGCUCACCUGCCGUAGAGGGGAUAGUACAACAGUUUCUGGCUGGUCUAUUUGCCAACUCUGGAGUUCCUGGCUCACCUCCCCUCUCUUGGACGGGGAUGCUCCACUCUAACCCAGGGGACUAUGCUUGGGGACAGGGGGGACUGGACGCAGUCAUCACACAGUUGUUAGGUCAGUUUGAGAACACGGGUCCUCCUCCUGCAGAGAAAGAGAAGAUCUCCUCCAUACCUACAGUCAACGUGUCUCAGGAUCAAGCAGACAGCAGUAUGGAGUGUCCGGUGUGCAAGGAGGACUUUGCAGUGGGAGAGCCCGUCAGACAGCUACCCUGCAACCACUUCUUCCACUCAGACUGUAUAGUACCCUGGCUGGAAAUGCAUGAUACGUGUCCUGUGUGUAGGAAGGGGUUGAAUGGAGAAGACAGCAACACCCAGAACCCCCCAGAAUCCCCCUCUCUAAAUACGGACCCCCGCACACAGGAGAGAUGGUCCUUCUGAAAUACACCUCCCCUCAUCCCCUUACCGCACCUCUCUAACCUCCUUUUAAUCUCUCUCAUCUGUCCUUCAUUCCACUUUUUGACCCCCCUCUUCUACGAACUACUGCACACGGGAGAUAAGGACUUUCUGAAGGAUAGACCUCCAUCUCUGCCUCAUUCCUCCUCUCUGAAUCAUCUCUUCAUCUACAGUGAUAGGAUGGUCAUCUCAGUAUGACUGUUCCUGUCUCAAUUCCCCUGGAACCAUGUUCACACAGAGUACACACACAUAUAUCAUGAUUCAGUAGAACCACACACACACGUCAUGAUCCAUUAGCUGUCCUCUGCCUCAUCAUGACCAAGUACUUGCCUUUACCUCGCUUCAAACAUCAACCACAUCUCGCUUUUUCUACUGUUUUCUCCAUAUUCCUCUUUUUCCAUCCUUCUGAAAAGCACUGCUGUAAAACAAUGUCUCUCCCUACCUGUCUACUCCUGGGAUGCAUCUCAAUAGUCUAGUGGCUUCCUCUCCUCCUCAUCUGCACUGAACAUGGUGGAUGCUCACCAGGAAUUUGAUUUUGCCUUUCUAGCUCUGUCACAUCAGUGCAGAAAGGAGACAUCAUUUUGACUAUUGAGACGGGGCCCACAACAAUCUACUGUCUUUCGCUGUCAUUCUGGUGUAUAUAUUACAAACAGAUUGCAUCGCUCUGUCAUUCUGGUGUAUAUAUUACAAACAGAUUGCAUCGCUCUGUCAUUCUGGUGUAUAUAUUACAAACAGAUUGCAUCGCUCUGUCAUUCUGGUGUAUAUAUUACAAACAGAUUGCAUCGCUCUGUCAUUCUGGUGUAUAUAUUACAAACAGAUUGCAUCGCUCUGUCAUUCUGGUGUAUAUAUUACAAACAGAUUGCAUCGCUCUGUCAUUCUGGUGUAUAUAUUACAAACAGAUUGCAUCGCUCUGUCAUUCUGGUGUAUAUAUUACAAACAGAUUGCAUCGCUCUGUCAUUCUGGUGUAUAUAUUACAAACAGAUUGCAUCGCUCUGUCAUUCUGGUGUAUAUAUUACAAACAGAUUGCAUCGCUCUGUCAUUCUGGUGUAUAUAUUACAAACAGAUUGCAUCACUCUGUCAUUUUACUCUGUUGAUGACUUUUGUUUCACAUUUCAAUCACUAUUUUUUUAAUGUAAAUACUUUUAGUCCAACAUCUUCUGGUUUGAGAAGAGAACAACAAAGCAUAUUGAGAAUGGAGACAAAUGUGAAUCCCUGGGUAUUAGUCUGUGUAUAUUAUUAUAUGAUGUAUUAAUAAUUCAAAAAAUAUUAAAAACCAUUAACAUUGA